AUUUACAGUGAACGUACUAUUAAAAAAAUGUGCUAGUUUAUAAUCGAAGUAAUAAUUUAAUAUUUCAUACGCCGAAGUUGACCAAUGACAGACAAUGGAGUAAAAUGACAACUACUGUCGUUCAAAUUGAAAAGGAAGUAAUUUAUUUGUUCGAACAAUCUAUUGUUACAUUAUUGAUGAAACUUCAAUAGAUAAACAAACUUUUAUAACGCCUCCCAUAACACGUGUGUCGUGGGUUUGUCCAUAAUGAGUAUAAAAUACCCUCUCGAAUAUCGGAAAGAGACGACAAUUCCGGGAAAAUUACCAAAGACAAAUCCAAAGUGUUAAUUACUUGGAGAAACAUUGUAUAUAGUGACAUAUCUUUGAAAAUUGUUCCGUCCUAGGAUGAAGAGAAAGACCUUACUACCAGGAAUAUUAUGCUUGAUGCUAAUUAGUAUUCAUGGGAAAUCUUUAAAGAAUGAAGUAAAUUCUGACAAAUUAAGACAAAAACGCUCAAGUCGACUAUUGGAGGAAUUAAAGAAAUGGACAUUAACAACAACCCCGAUUACACCAUUAGACCGGAUAUCUGGUGUUAAUAAUCAUCGUACUCACGUCCGAGAAACGGAAGAAGAAAUUAAUUGGACUAAGAUAAAGGAGCAACUUCAAAGAUUACUUGAUUCUGAAAAUGGAUCAUGGGAAGCUAAACUUCUAGAUGAGUUGUCACCAGAUGAUCAAAUAGUUCUGGAAGAUACAGUGAAUCCAAAUAGCGCCGAGGAGCUCCGAAUGUUUUUAGAAUCAAAUACAGGGAAAAACGGAGAAGACAAACGUGGACUAGAUACGUUAGGCGGAAUGAGUUACUUCAAACGGGGUUUAGAUACACUUGGAAAUAUGGGAUUUCAUAGCUACAAAAAGAAAGGCCUAGAUACGCUUGGAAAUAUGGGGUUUCAUGAUUUUAAAAAGAGAGGGUUAGAUACACUUGGUAACAUGGGAUUCCAUGAUUUCAAGAAAAGGAGUUUAGAUACACUAGGAGGAAUGAGUUUUCAUGGAUUAAAAAAGAGGGGACUCGACACUUUAGGUGGAAUGGGAUAUCAUAAUUAUAAGAAGCGAGGAUUAGAUACUCUUGGAAAUAUGGGUUUCCAUGACUUCAAGAAGAGGGGGUUAGAUACAUUAGGAAAUAUGGGAUUUCAUAGUUACAAAAGAGGACUCGACACAUUAGGAAAUAUGGGAUUCCAUGGAUACAAGAGAGGGCUAGACACAUUAGGAAAUAUGGGAUUCCAUGGUUACAAGAGAGGACUUGAUACUUUAGGAAAUAUGGGAUUUCAUGGGUACAAGAGAGGACUUGAUACUUUAGGAAAUAUGGGAUUCCAUGGUUACAAGAGAGGACUUGAUACUUUAGGAAAUAUGGGAUUCCAUGGUUACAAGAGAGGACUUGAUACUUUAGGAAAUAUGGGAUUUCAUAAUUAUAAAAGAGGACUAGACACGCUAGGUAACAUGGAAUUAUAUGGUAAUAAAAGAGGACUUGACACCGUUGAAAAUAUGGGAUUCCAUGACUUAAAGAAAAGGGGAUUGGAUACAUUAGGUAAUAUGGGAUUCCAUGGUUACAAAAGAGGUCUUGAUACGCUUGGGAAUAUGGGGUUCCACGAUUAUAAAAGAGGAUUGGAUACUCUUGGUAAUAUGGGGUUUCAUGGUUACAAAAGGGGGCUCGAUACUCUUGGUAAUAUGGGAUUUCAUGAUUUUAAAAAACGAGGCCUUGACACCCAAGGCAGCAUGGGAUUUCCAGAAUUAAAACGAGGCAUAGACACUUUAGGUGGUAUGUCUCUUUAUGGGUACAAGAAACGAGACCAAGGAAAUGAUCUCAAUGACAAUUUGGCUUUCGCAGAUACCGAGGACAGCAUGAAUAAUGACAGAAUCAAACGUGAAACAAAUGAAGAGAAUAAAGAUCGGGAGAUUAGCAAAUCUGUAAAAGAAAAUGCGAAGUCGAGAUGACGGAUAAAUAAAUUUCAGCAUUUGUUUACAGUAUUUCAGAGAAAUGUUAACAACUGCUGCCUUCAGGAAAUAAAGUUUGGUGCAAGUUCAUACUAACUGUGAUAUCGUUGUUCAAACCAUAUGGUUUUGCUUGGACCGGCCAUGGCAAGAGUGCGUGGCAUUGCUGGUCUGAAUAAAAAAUUCAGAUCGACUGAAAUUGUUUACUUAUACAUUCCUUUGACUUGAGAUAGUAUGAUUUACGAAAGAAAUAGAGAAAAAUCAACCGUUAAAUUGUUUUGCCAGAAAAAAAAAUCAAUUUUCUCCAAAAGUCCAAAUAUCAAGUUUGUCAGACUUUGUUUUUUUUUUUUUUUGGUUUUCUUAGAAAAAUAAGUAUUUUGCACAUAGAAAACUGUUUUUCUUUAAAGAAAUACGACAUACUUUGGUCCAUUCUUUUAAUAAAGUCACCUUUACCACACUAAUACAAACACAUAAUAUACAAUGUCUAUUGAUGUUUAUCCUGUUGUUUUGCAGUUUUUCAUGAAUACAAUUUAAAGUUAAAAUGUAUAAGACAAUAUAUGAACAAUAAAGAAAACUCUUUUA